AUGACUCAGGCAAAGAAGGCAGCAGCAGCCCCAACGGGGGGCCGGUGCGCGGGUGCUGGUCGUUUCCGUCUGAGAAGAAAGGACAGGAGAGUCAUCGCCUUGAAGCGCCAGGCUGCAGGCAAGACCAACAGCAAGCUGAGAAAGAGCAUCACUCCUGGAAGCGUUCUUAUUCUGCUCAGCAGCGGCUACAGGGGCAAGCGUGUGAUCUGCCUCAAGCAGAUGGAGCCAUCAGGGCUGCUGCUCGUUACUGGGCCAUUCACUGUUAAUGGCGUUCCCUUGCGCCGCGUAAACCCCCGCUAUGUGAUUGCAACUAGCACGAAGGUGGAUGUGUCUAGAGUGGAUCUUAAAGAGGUGACCGACAGUAUGUUCACCAGGACCAGCAAGGAAAGGCGGGCGGACAGAAAGAUGAAGACCAAGGAUGACACAUCCAUGUUUAUUAAACAGGACGACACCCGUCAGAAAACCCUCCCGGAAGAGAGAAAACAGCUGCAGGAUAAGGUCGACAAGGCACUACUCUCAGUCGUUGACAAGGACCCGCUUCUAAAGCAAUACCUGAAGAAUCGCUUCACUCUCCGUGCUAACAUGGCUCCCCAUGCCAUGAAGUUUUAA